AUGAUUUGGUCCACCGUCUUCGCCAGCGCGCUCUUGACGCAAUGCGUCUCUGCGCAGAACAUGCUGCGCUUCGCCUGCUCGCAGCUCACCGUUGAGAGGGCCGAUCCGUUGAUGGAGCCUGGUGUCUUUGAUCCUCCGACACGUUCGACUUGUACGUCUUGCACAUACAGCGAGGACUUCAGCAACUACUGGACUGCCUCGCUCUACUUCAAAUCGCCCGAGAAUGGCACAUUCCAACGUGUGCCACAAUUCGCCAACGUAGGGCUCCAGCAGGACGGUGGCAUGACGGUGUACUACAUGCCGUACUCCGCGAAGAACAACAAGAUGACGGCGUUCAAGCCUGGGUUCCGCAUGAUUGCGGGUGACCCCAUGGCUAAGAAGCCCAAUCGCGCAAGCAUCUGCCAUCGAUGCUUGCAAAAUGGAGAAGGCUUUGCACCAUGUGACGCGAAAGACACCGCAGAACUGCCCAACAAGUACUGUCCUGGUGGCAUCAGAGCGACUGUCAUCUUUCCGUCUUGCUGGGAUGGGAAGAACCUCGAUUCGCCAGAUCACAAGAGCCACGUCGCAUACUCCAACGGCGGAGGUCUAGGCACCCCAAAUUGUCCCAGUACACACCCGGUAGCUAUCCCGCAGGUGAUGUACGAGAUUAUGUGGGACACCGGCCGGUACAAGAACAACGCAUGGUACGGCAACAACAAGCAGCCGUUCGUGUACAGCUUUGGCGAUGGGACGGGCUACGGACAGCAUGGUGACUACCUCUUUGGCUGGAAAGACGACUCGCUCCAGAAAGCCAUGGAUGCUUUGCCUAGCGGCAAGUGUGCGAACGCCAACUGUCAGGUGUUGAAGAUCCAGUCUGCGCAAGACUCAAUGAAAUGCAAGAAGCCGCAACAGGCGGUCGAAGAUGUCGGAGUGAGCGGUGACUGGCUGACGGAGCUUCCUGGUGGUAUGGCAGUCACCUAUUGA